UGUGUUUGCUGUGUGGUCGAUUUGAAACAGUAACAAUGUGCAGUGCUGUGCUUCUUCUCGCAGUGUUGCUGUUGUUAAUCCGUCCUGUUGUUGAAGCCUUGGACAAUGGUUUGGCGCUUAAACCCACUAUGGGCUGGCUGCACUGGGAGAGGUUCAUGUGUAAUCUCGACUGUGACACGGACCCUAAUAACUGCAUCAGUGAGCGUCUCUACAUGCAGAUGGCUGAUGUGAUGGUGAAGGAGGGCUGGAAAGACGCCGGUUACGAGUACGUCUGCAUCGAUGACUGUUGGCCCUCCUACCAGCGAGAUGCCCAGGGCCGCCUGCAGGCAGACCCUAAAAGAUUCCCGGGGGGCAUCAAGAAACUGGCCGACUAUGUCCAUUCCAAAGGCCUGAAGCUGGGUAUCUAUGCAGAUGUUGGAGAAAACACCUGUGGUGGAUACCCAGGCAGUCUGGGUUACUAUGAGACAGAUGCUCAGACCUUUGCUGACUGGGAUGUGGAUCUGCUCAAAUUUGAUGGCUGCUCUAUGGACUGGACUUUGCUGGGAGAAGGUUAUGUGAACAUGUCAAAAGCACUGAACAACACUGGAAAAAGUAUCCUCUACUCUUGUGAGUGGCCUUUCUAUGAGUGGCCUUUUAAUCAGCCUAACUACACAGCCAUUCGAGAGACGUGUAACCACUGGCGCAACUUCGCUGACGUGUACGACUCAUGGAGCAGCAUCAAGUCCAUCUUGGACUGGACUGCUGCUCAUCAGGAUGUCAUCGUCCCCUCGGCUGGCCCUGGGGGCUGGAACGACCCCGAUAUGCUUGUGAUCGGGAACUUUGGCCUGAGUCAUGACCAGCAGGAGUCUCAGAUGGCGCUCUGGGCCAUCAUGGCAGCCCCUCUGCUCAUGUCUAAUGAUCUGAGGGACAUUUGUCCCCGCUCCAGAGAGCUCCUGCAGAACAGACACAUCAUCGCCAUUAGCCAGGAUCCACUGGGCAAGCAGGGAUACCGCACUGCCAAGGUGGACCGUUUUGAAGUGUGGGAGAGGCUGCUGUCUAAUAACAGGAUGGCUGUCUCGGUGCUGAACAGAAUGGAGAUAGGUGGUGCACGAGGGUUUUUCAUCAGUGAGUUUCCUAGCUGGAAAAUGUGUGACCCACAGUGUAAUGUCACCCAGAUCUUGCCUCAGUACAAGGAGAUGGGUGUUCAGACUCUACACAACAAAGUGAAGGUAUCAGUCAACCCUUCAGGCACCGCUCUACUGACCAUCACCCCCAUCAGGAGCGGUUUAAAGGGGCCUCAAAAGCUGCACUGGCAGGACAUGACCAUUAAACAGAAGCGUACCACUGUUUUGUAGUCCUAAGGUCGUUCACAAAAGUGAGUAUGUAAUUUAGCUGCCGACACAAUUUUAAUGUGGGAAAUUUCUUUAGAUUGUAUAUUUUUGUAAAACU